UAUAAGUUAACGACGAAACUGCAAACCCAACUUGGAAACAAACGCCAACCGCCCCAAGCGUGUAUCUCGCUUCAUCAGCAGCAUCAAACCUCCCACGAAUAAACAUCCCGUCAGCAACGCGGCCAGCCAGCCAGCCAGCCGUUCAACUAUCAACGAAUAACGCACAAUCAGAUAUUCCGUCAACAAGGUGUCAUAUUCCGCCAGCUACCCAACUAUCGAUGGAAUGCGCAGCGAGACCGUUGUAUGCUUAGUUUAGUAAACAAGAUUAGGGAAGUUAUAAAAAGGCCUCAACAAUUUGAAUAAAGAGCAUUAUAGUAGUAAACGUCGAGGAACGUAGUCGAGUAGUUUUUUUUAAAAACCCCGAAAGGCCAUCGAAGGUCUUGAUUGGCGCAGUCGUGCGGAUUAAUCUCGUGUUUUCGAAUCGCAAUCGAGCGCCCGCGAGUGAAUAUCGUGGACUUGAAUUCGUUACCGAGAAAAAUCCGCGAACCGAAAGAUAACUUUAGUGAACCCCGAAGUGAAGUGUAUUUCCAAAACGGACAUUGAAACAGCAAUAUAAGUGUACUGGAGCUCUUGGAUCCGAGCGAACAUCGGAAAUCAGGAUGGACGUUUCAUUAAUCAUUAUCCUACUGUUCCUUCCCUUUUCCCACAAUAAAUUUAUCCAAUUACACGAUAUCACAAAUAAUCCUGGAGCGCUAACUUUAAGCGCGGGAGAGGGCAGAAUUCAAGAAGGAUACAAUAGAUUAUUUCACACAGUAGAUUUGCAAGAAUUAGGAGUCACAAUUGAAAUACUGGAAAAUUUAAUACUGAAGGUUAAUAGUUCAACAGGUGAUUUUUCUAGGCUUAUUUAUAUCAAGUUUAAGGAAAUUAAUAAUACAUACAAAGCCCUUCUCCCAAACAUUCAAAGAAACAAAAGAUCAAUCGAAACAUUAGGCAGUGUUUUAAAAUUUGUUACAGGCAAUUUAGACGCUGAAGAUUUACGACACAUUAAUUCAAACAUAGAUGCUAUUAAAAGAUCUGAAAACAAACUAAUGGAACAAAAUAAUAAACAGAUUGUAAUGAACCAAGAAUUCAAAAAUCGUAUACAAACAUUGACAAAUGUAAUAAAACAGCAUGAAAAUGUCAUAUUAAAAUUGAAUACACAAAAAGGAUAUGUAAUUACAGAAAACACUAAAAUUUCCAUACUUUUUCAGUUAGACAUGGUGUUACAAACACUAAGAACAAUAGAAAAUACGAUAGCACUUGCCAAAUUAAAUAUUGUAACCAGACAGUUAUUAACAAUCAAUGAACUUAAAAUUGUAGCCGAACAAUUAAAACAAGCAAAUGUUAAAUUAGACAGUUUAGAAGAUGCAUACAACUACCUCUCGAUAACUGUGCUUUACCAUGGACGCCAUCUCAUCAUUAGCAUCGACAUCCCAAGGGUAUCACCCAUAAUUUACGAAAGAAUGAUUAUCGAAGAACUCCCAAUCUUAAAUAAAACCGUCAAUAUUAAUCACCAAACAGUUCUAGUGCAUUCCAACGAAACAAUGGCAGUCUUAGCAGAGUUUGAACAAAUAGCCAAAAUCCAUAUUUAUAAACGAAACCAAUUGUUGAAUAUCACCAACGACUUGUGUGUUGCACCUUUAGUUCGAGGACGAAGUGGGAAAUGCCCCUUCAAAGAAACACCACCCAGAACAGAAUAUAAACUUCUGACUUAUGGAACAUUAGUAGUCAAAGCUACGCUAGAAAACGUUGUGAUGAGCAGUACUUGUGGUAUAAACCGAAAAGAACUCAAAGGCAACUACCUUAUCAUAUUUCAAAAUUGCUCUGUAAUUAUUCAGGACAGGCUAUUCGAAAAUCUAGAAUUGCACUUCAACCACCCGAUUAUUUCACCUCUCGAAAUAAAUCAAAUAGAAGAAACCUCAUUAGAAAAAUACUACAACACUUCAUACUUACAUGAAAUGCACAUUGAAAACAGAAAGCAUUUGGAUUCGCUGAAAAUACACAAUUUUUCAUCGAUUGGAGCAAUGUUUGCCUUAACCAUGAUAAUCAUCCUUGUUACAAUCUACAGAAGACGCAACGCGAUAGCAACAUUUUUUAUAAGACGCACGGGACGUGCUUCUCUUGGGGAUGGAGUAGUUAACGACGAAACUGCAAACCCAACUUGGAAACAAACGCCAACCGCCCCAAGCGUGUAUCUCGCUUCAUCAGCAGCAUCAAACCUCCCACGAAUAAACAUCCUGUCAGCAACGCGGCCAGCCAGCCAGCCAGCCGUUCAACUAUCAACGAAUAACGCACAAUCAGAUAUUCCGUCAACAAGGUGUCAUAUUCCGCCAGCUACCCAACUAUCGAUGGAAUGCGCAGCGAGACCGUUGUAUGCUUAGUUUAGUAAACAAGAUUAGGGAAGUUAUA